UUUACAGCCAAUGGGCGACAACAACAGCUGAGAAUGGCUUAGUCUGUGGGGGCAUCGUCCCGUGUUCCUGCGGAGGUUAUCUGCAGGAGUCGCUCGGACGGAAAGGUGACGGCUCACUGGUGCAAAAAUGCUGGAAAACGAGGGAGAGCGGGAAAAACUGUCCCACGUCAUCAGACGGUGGAACAACAGCAGACUGGACUUGUUUGAGAUCAGCCAACCGGACAAGGACCUGGCGUUUCAGGGAGUGAUGCGCUUCUACUUGGAAGAUCCCGCCGGGGGAAACGUGGCCACCAAGUGCCUCCGUUUUUGCAGCAACACCUCCACACGCGAGGUUGUCCAAGCUCUUUGGGAGAAGUUCCGGCCUGAUCUGAAAAUGCUGAGCGACUGCUACCGUCUCUACGAGAUGCACGGCGAUACAGAACGUGAAUUGGGCCCGGAUGAAAGACCUUUGGUGGUUCAGCUGAACUGGAACUCAGACCACAGAGAGGGACGGUUUGUGCUCAAGCAAAGCAAGGAGAGAACAGAGGAGAGCAGCCAUCAUAAAGGGAAGGGGGGCAUGAUCCAGACCUUUAAGAGGUCAAGAAAAGAAAAGAAGAAAAAGAAAGUGCCUGACGGCUCACGUGGAAAUGCAGCAAACCAGACUCCUCAAGCACCCCAAGAGCCCCCAGCAAACCAAAGGCAGGGAGACGCUCCGGCAAGAAGGCACACAGGAAGUGGUCACUGGGGUGUCUUGAAGCAGCUCGGAUUACCGCUUGGAAUUUGGCUCAGUGACGACGGUGGGGAAGCCUUCGUGUCUGCGGUCAUCAACUGCUCCAGCAGCUCAACUGCUCACUUCAAGCUCUCACCAGCGUACGCCCUCUACGCCGCGGGCUGCUCGGCGCUGCGAGGUCCCGCUUCCUCAUCGCCAGGAAGGACGUGCAAUGUGACCUCCAUGGCCAACAAAAUGGCGGCCAUGACCGGCGAAGUCAUCCAGAGGCAGCAGGGCAUCGCCGGCGCUCUGGCCUUCUGGAUGGCCAACACCUCCGAGCUGCUGAACUUCUUCCAAAACGACAAGGACCUCAGCGGGCUCACGCGGCAAAGUCAGCUGGACCUGUCCCUCCUGGUGCACGAAGCUUACAGGUGGGGACGCCCAUUCCGCAGAUUUCUAUCUGGAUUUGCUAUUGUGUGCUUUAUUCCCCCCAGCCACCUGAUCGGCGGUCUCCAGAGUGAGCUACAAAAGCACCUGCCAACCUUCUUCAUGGAUCCUGAGCAACACGGUCUGCUGCCCCCUGGGACAGGUGACACCCCCUUGAAACCAUGCGUACCUCACGCUGAGAAGAGCUGCCUGUCGCAUAGACGUUUGCUCUCCGUGACAGAGAUGGUUCUCAACACCUUGCUGGACACCAUGUCGCUGCUACGACGCUGCCGGGUCAACCCCACCCUCGCCAUUCAGCUCUUCUCCCAGCUCUUCCACUUCAUCAGCUCCUGGCUCUUCAACUGCCUCAUGAGCCCCGAUGCCGCCACCUCGGGCUUGCGCUCCCACUACUGGGGGGCGGUUCUCCGCCAGAGGCUGACGGGCAUCCGAGCCUGGGCGGAGAGGCAGGGCCUGGAGCUGGCUGCCGACUGCCACCUGGGGCGGAUCAUCCAGGCAACCAUGCUUCUGACCAUGGCCAAGUACACCACGCAAGACGCCAAGCACAUCCAGCACACCUGCUUCAAGCUGAACUCACUGCAGAUGCAAGCUUUGCUAGCAGGAUACUUUUACGCCAGCGACGAGCCCGACAUCCCCGCUGAUUUGAUCGAUGCCGUGGUGACGGCCGCAAAGGCGUCUGCGGAUGCAGAGAUCGAGCGGGAAGGACGAGACGUCGAGCUGGAGGAGAGCCUUCACCUCCGCCUGCCCUUCCUGCUGCCGGAGGGGGGGUACUCCUGCUGCAGUGUGAGAGGAAUCCCUCCCGGCUUCAGGGAGUUCCUGGAGCCCAUUUGCCACAGAGGCCUCUGCUGGUUCACCUCCCAGCACAACCCUGACGCUGACUGGACCGUCUUCUUUACUCAAACACCUGCACCUGCUGGAAGUCCAUCUAUGGAAAGCCAGCGAGAGCCAGAGGGCGUGACCUUCACCCUGAGGAAGCCUCCACACAGCAGCUUGGGCGUCAGCAUUGUGGCUGCCAAGGGGGCGGGACAGGACCACCUUGGGAUUUACAUCAAGUCCAUCGUCAAGGGAGGACCGGCCGCCAUGAGCGGUCGGUUAGCGGCGGGGGAUCAGCUGCUCAGCGUGGACAGCCACAGCCUGCUGGGCCUCAGCCAAGAAAGGGCAGCAGCCAUCAUGACGCAAACGGGCCCCGCUGUCUCCUUAAAAGUUGCAAAGUUUGCCGCCGACCGCCACGGUCUGCGGGCUCUGCUCUGUGGUCCGACCGCUGCCAUCGCCGCAGGGGAGGAUAGCAGCCACUGCAGGGCCAACUGGAAGGAGCUCCUCCAGUGCAAUGCUGAGGGUCCACCGCAGCAUCCGGGGGGUCGGUGCGGGCGAGGAAGGAUCAUGCACAACGACCAACAGUUGUAUCGCUCCUACCCCAGCGUGGCCAGUUACGCCUCGGAGGAUGAAGAUGAUGAUGGUGAUGAAGAUGUGCAAGGGAAUAAAUCUGCUUCCGACCUUUCCACUGAUAUGCUUCACAGAGACUCUUUCACGCUCCCGGCCCUCACAUCGCAGGACAAGCGCACAUCUGCACGCAGUCAACCACAGCAGAUGUUCCAAGUGUGUUUGAGGCCUUUAGGAGGACACAAAAGGUCCUUCAUGCGUCCAGCUCUCUCGCAGGAGAACUUGUGUGUGGACACAGGAGGCCCCCUGCUGGACAAACGUCAGAAGCCACGGCAGAGCCAGGGUGCCCAGCAAAGCACAACAUACUCACAGCUGCCAAUUCGGCCCAGCUUCUCCUCCCAAGACAUCUCCUCUGACAAAUCCAAGGUACAGCAGGGCACUUGCACCCGAGUCUGGAGAACUCCGUUCUCACAACAAGCCACACCAACGCCUUCCAUCCAGCCCGUACGCGUAGACAUCCCUGUCACCAGGGCACUCGCCAUCCAGGCCAAUCCUCCGCUCACCACCUUCCAGCAGAGUUCCUCUGUGGUGGCACCGAGGCUGAGUGAAAUCCUCCGACACAACUACGGAUGCCCCAUCCCUGCUGCCAAGAAGCUACCUCUGCCAGCAAAACACCAAGUGAGCAUCACUCCCACCAAGCAGGUUUCCUUCCAAGAACCUCCGACCCAACACAAGCAGGGCACCGGUCCGACCAGGCCAAAAGACCUGCAGGAGCAUACGGAGGCCCAGGAGAAGCUGGAGGAAAAACCAAGGCCACAAGAUUUGGAGCUCCUGGAGCAGGAGGCGAGGAAGCUGGAGGAUAAAGCCGAGCGCAGCGCCGAGGAGGCCCAACGACUGCACAAACUCAGCCUGGAAUGGCGGUUUCAGAUGAGGCGGCAACAAGGAGAUGACGAUGAGGACGCGGACGUGAUGGUGAUGAAACAGCAGCUGGGCACCAGAGCUCAGAAUGAGAGAACCGCUCCAGGAAACCCAGACAGCAAUUUCAAAGAGAAGACUAAAAGCCUUCCCGUCCCAAAGGAUGAGACAAAAGAUCCCAGACCAGGCGAAUGCCUUCACGGCACCCCGCUGUUUCAAAACCACCUGCACGACAACACGGCUCCAGAGAAGCUCACAUUCAAGGAGUGCCAGCGUCUCUUUUCUCCGCCAUCAAGCACAUAAACCGUGCUGGAAGCUUUGGGUGUCCCAAUGACGUGUACAGUUUGGCAAUACGCAGUAAAACUACGCAUGCCAUUAUGCUGAUGCCACAGACUCAAGUAGCGAGCGAUUGACUUUAGCAUCGCUCACUACUGGGGUGUCCAAAGUGUGGCCUGGCCUGUUCUUUUUAGUGGCCCGCCACAGUCGAAGUAGCGUUUAACACGAAAACUAAUAUUAAAGAAAAAACAUGACAUAGUAAAAAACAUGUUUGGGUUUUUUAAGUCGUAAUAUUAUGAGAAACAAAACAACAAAUAGUUCUCAUUUUUGGAACACUAGGUUGCGGAAAAAUAAAAUGUUAUGAGGAUAAAGGCCAAAUAAUAUAGAAAUGUAUGGAAAUCUAACAAUGUAUUUCUUCUGAACUUAAGCAGCCCAAAACGUACCACUUCCACACGGAGUGGGAGGAGGACCUUUUUUCCACUCUUAUGUGGGACAUGCCAUGCCAUGACUUCAUGCAAUGUUAAGCUAAUGUCUUGUAAGCUAAUGGCUCAUCAAUGUUUUGUGACAUUGCUGCCCCGUGGUGAUCACUUGUGUUUCCAUGUUUGGACAAAUGAUAGACCGUAAUGUACCACCAAGCAGCCUUCAUUCAUUCAUUCAUUUCUAGCGAGGGAGUGAGCAUUGAUCAAACUGUAUUACGAAAAGAACUGUCAGAAAAUAUUUGGAAAAAUGCAAAGCAAACAUUGAAAAAAACAGCUGUCAUUUUAGGAGAAUAAAGUCUAAUAAUAGGAGUAGGAAAAGUCAUUCUAAUGACUUUAGGAGAAUAAAGGCAGCCCCGGCCAUCACCAGAACAGCAGGAACCACGCCACCACGGCCGCCCACACGCCACACCACAGCGGCCACAAGAGAACCAACCAGGCCCCGCACGCAGCAAAGCACAGCCACGCCCACGAGGCACGCAAGCAUGGAAUUAUGUUCUACAUUGUGGGUUUUUUGAAAGCCAACGUAAAUUGGUAAAAAUGACAUGUAUAGAAAAAGGGCGUUUCCGGCAGCUGUCAUCACAUGACCGGUGAUGAAACGAGCGUGUCUGACGAGGACGAGACAUGGAGAUGAAGGGAAUGGUAAGUGUAAAAGAGCUUAUCCUUCAAUGACACUUUGGAAUGAGCGUAAAGGGCCUGUUUUAGUGUCUAUUUGCCGCUGCCGCCACCGUCAACAUCCAUCCAUUUUCUAUGCUGCUUAUCCUCACUAUGGCGGCGUUUACAAUCCAAUGUGGAAAUAUGACCUCCUCUCGUGUGCAACUUUAAUGUGCUUGGUUUUGUCCCUUCCUGUGUAGCAUAGCGUCAGGAAUAGCAUCCUAGCAUCCAAAGGCCUUCCUUUACAGCAGUCAUCAGUGAAAUGAUCACUGCAAAUUUUCUUUAAAGAAAAAUGUUAUUUUUUUUAAAGCUGUGAUAUUAUGAAAAACAACACAAAAAAAGUGAUAAUAUUAGGACAAGAAAAUGGCA